CUUGCUGUCUCAUUCUCAUGCUCGUGUCCCCCAACAGUGCAUCCUCACUGUGGCUCAAACUGUGAAAAAGAGUUGCAGUGUGAAGAGCAGUGCUGCACCGGUGCAGCUUUUUCUCCUCCUUCACCUCUACUGGCUCUAAAAUCCAGACUUUGUCAUCUUUUUUCCCCCCCUUUUUUUAUUUAGAAUGCACUUUAAAUAUAACCGGAGUUUCUCCUGCACACUGCAUUUAAAAGUGUGGACACCGACUUUGAAUCAGGCUGAAAUUCAAGAAGCUCCGUGAGGAAGAGACGGAAAACCUGGAGGAAUGACAGCGUGGGAAAAUGUGCUACUUCAAAGGGACAGAUAACACCCAACAGGAGAGGAUCUGAAGAAGAUGGAGAGCUGUGGAGGAGACGCUUCACGGGAUAGGAGGAGCGGGAGGUGGUGGGGGGCGGAGGGACACAGGAUGGCGUGAGGACAUAGGCCGGUGGUUGGUUUGAUCGGAGCCACGUGUGCGUCCGGCAACGUCUCUUCGCCGCUUCAUGGAUGUCGACUAGACGCUGGUUUCCCACGCUGCCCCGGUCUCCUCCGUCUUGGCCCAGGUUUCUUGGGAAAAGUUUAUUCAUGUAUCCUUGAAGAAAUCAAUCUGUUGUUCAUCUGCAUCCUCAAGCUUCGUUGGGACUCAUUACUUCUGAUAUGAAUAAGCAGAACUGUGCUUGAGCAAAGAAGCUCUAGAUAAAGACGAGCGCAGACCGGAUCUGCUGGCGAUGCCAUCAGCCUGCUGUACGAUGUGUUUAAAACUGUGGCUGAGCAACGGGACCUUGGACUACGUUGGCAACACUGAGCAGCCAUGAUCUCCGCGCUUCCACCAUCUGAUCGGUCAGCCAUGAGGGCAACUCUGAGCUGAUAGUAUGUGGUCAGCAGCACCGUGGCCCAACUUCCUGCUUCACCCUCAGUAAAACCAAGCUGGACAAUUCAGUCGACGUUGUGAAAAUGGCAGCGGAGAGUUUCCAGCUGGGGACAGACGACGAGCUCCAGGCUGCGUCAUCGCUAGCAUCCCUCCAUCUCAGGGACGGCGUUGGGAUCGGGAACACUGGCCACAUGGAGGACAAUCCAGAGCCCGACGCUGCCCUUCCUGCGAUUACAUCACCACCUGCUGACCAAUCACAGCAGCGAGCAGAGAUCGCUCCGCCAGCAGAUCAAGAGUUCCUGGAAACAGAAAAGGACCAAAACGACAGCGAGGGGGAAGCUUGCAUUCGGACGCGGGUUCCUCAGCAGCUCUUCUCCCAUUUUGCUCAAGAUCAUGUGAAUCCUGACCUGAAACCAACCAACACUAGCAAAGAAGGAGAUAUCCCACCAGAGAACAACAUAACCAAAGCGAUGGCAGCCUCUGACAGCAGCACUGAUGAUCAGCAGCUGUCUGAUGCAGAAUGGUACUGGGGCAACAUUUCAAGAGAGGAGGUAAAUGAGAUGAUGAGAAACACUCCUGAUGGUACGUUUCUGGUACGAAAUGCUUCCAGCAGGAUUAAAGGGGAAUACACGCUGACUCUACGAAAAGAUGGGUACAACCGACUAAUAAAAAUCUUCCAUCAAGGGGGGAAGUGCGGCUUUUCUGAGCCACUGACUUUUCCCUCACUGGUAGACCUGAUCCAGUACUACCAGAAGAAAUCACUAGCCCAGUACAACUCUAAGCUGGAUAUCAGGUUACUCUACCCAGUUUCCAGAUACUAUCAGCACCAUGUGAUGGAGAUCGAUAUUGCAGCAAUCGGAGAACAGCUGAGAAUAUUUCAGGAUCAAUACAAGGAGAAAAGUCAAGAGUAUGACCAUCUAUUUAAGGAGCUGAACCAAACCUCACAGGAGCUCCAGAGUAAGCGAACGGCCAUUGAGGCUUUCAGUGAAAUUAUCCGGAUCUUUGAGGAGGAGUGUGAAACCCAGGAGCGCUACAGCAAGGAAUACAUCGACAUGUUCCUCACUUUAGACAGCAGCACAAAAAAUGACAACAGAAUUCAAAACAACUCUGAUGAACUGCAGUCCAGGGUGGAGGAGAUCCACAACAGCAAGAAGAUGUUGGAGGAAGAACUGAGGACAAAAGCACUGGCUCACAUGGAGGUCGACAGGAAAAUUACGAGACUGAAGCCUGAUCUUGUACAGCUCAGAAAAAUCAGAGAUCAAUACCUCCUAUGGCUCACCCAGCAAGGCAUGAGACAGAGUCAAAUUAACAACUGGUUGGGUGUCAGAGCUGAUGAAGACCCUUACACCCUUGAAGACGACACCCAUGAGGAGGAGAGGAGUUGGUACGUCGGAGGUAUGAGACGAAGAGAGGCGGAGGAGCUGCUGAAAGGAAGGCGGGACGGGACAUUCUUGAUCAGGGACAGUCAGACUCAGAGGGGAUCCUUUGCUUGCUCUGUUGUUGUGGACGGAGACGUCAAACACUGUGUGAUCUACAGGACAUCGACAGGCUACGGCUUCGCUGAGCCCUACAACUUGUACUCAUCGCUGAGGGAGCUUGUCCUCCACUACCGCCACACAUCACUGAUCCAACACAACCAGCAGCUGAAUGUAACCCUGGCCUGGCCCGCUUUCAGUCAGCAGUCCAGCUGAGACGCACCAGCACACCGUCCUGAUUCCCAAAGUUUCACAGCAUUAGCACGGAGGACUCACCCAUACGGAAACACAGACGAAAACAAAGAGCCUGUUAGCGAUUCACAGUCAGAAGAACUAACUGGUAUGUUUUCACAUAAAAUCCAAGAAUGAGCAGCAGUCAGCUUAUAAUACAGAUUUGAAGCAACUUCAGCUUUAAUUAUGUCUCAGACUGUCUGCAGCACUAAAAACUUACAAGCUGGCACACUUUAAGAUGUUCAGUCCAAUGCAGCUCUUAUAAAAAUGACACCAGUUUAUCAAGUUGCUAUAAAACCCAACCUGUAACUGUUCCAAUUAAUUUUUUCAAAUGAUCUUA